GAUACGAGAAAGAGAUCGAGCACAAGCCAUCACUUGAGGAAGCGACUACAAUUUCUCUUUGUUGCUCUUGUGAUCUUCCGUAGCGACAAGAAGUCAAGGGCAACACCUUCGAUGGCACGAGGAACCAUCAUACCCACCCUUCAACUGUUGCUUCUCGCCGUUUGCUGCGCAACCACCGUUGUGCAUGGCAAGGAGUGGACUGUUGGUGACAGCAAGGGAUGGACCUUCGGUGUCUCCGGUUGGGAGAGGGCAAAGCGCAUCCAAUCCGGUGACGUGCUUGUGUUCAAGUACAACCCGAGUAUGCACAACGUGGUGCAGGUGGGAGAAGGUGACUACAACUCAUGCAAGGUCUCUGGCCCGUCAAGGACCCACACCUCCGGCAAUGACCAUAUCAAGCUCGCCCCCGGUGGCAAAGCGUUCUUCAUAUGCAGUUUUCCAGGUCACUGCCAGCAAGGCAUGAAGAUCGCUGUCACUGCUUAAUGUGUCCCUUUUAGGGGUAGAGAUUAUUUGAGACGAAUCGCAAAAGUGCAAUACAUCGCUCAAUUAAUGUUAUUUUGAAAUCAUCGUUCCUCACUUAACCAAUGUUAUUUUGAAAUCAUCCUACCUUGCUUAAUCAAUCUUAUUCUGAAA